CAGACCCCACUUCCCUUGCUGCUUCCGGGGUGCAAAAUCGCUCCCCCAAGCCGUCCGCCCCUCGGGCUCGGGAGGAGAAGGUAACCUCGGAACUGGCGGCCUUGGGCGUCGGGGACGUCACCAGAGAUCACGUGGUGCCCUGCGGCUUGGCCAGAAGCUAAAGAUAACCUAUCGUUUAACGACACAUCCUGCUCCGGAAGAUCCCCCCAACGCGUGGUCCGAGGUACGGCUCCGUCCUGGGAACACUUGCUGAGAGUCCGGCCGGACACCCCUUGAAUCGCCGUGCAGUAUUGACUCACGAGUGAAGACUCGUUUCCCUGAUCGCCACGGUUUCAGCCCGCCCGUGAGACAGAUCGACGAGAAAGGUAAGCAAGUGAAUUUUUCUUGGUCAGGCAUUUGAAAGAAUCCCUCAAGACGCGAGGAGUAAGGGUUAGAAAAAAGGAUCUUAGAGAACCUCAUGUUCUGUACUCUCUAGUCCACUGAGAGCUUCCCCUUGGGGAAGAGUGAAGGGUACCCGAGUUUGGAAGAGAGGAGACUCCGAAUCACUCAGGAAAGUCACCAAUUAUCAGCCGAACCGAAAGGCAACCUCUUGAAAACCCGGAGUUCACUAUAUCUUAGUGGUCGUCCUCCUGGCAUGGGGCUUAUACAUCCCGACCUAGGAUACGUGAACAGGGGCCUUUUUUAAAGGUUGACAGAGGCUAGCCAAGUAGGAGAAAUCUGAUAAGAAGGUAAAAUCCUGAGCUGACCUGGUACGGGGUUUAUACGUCCCGGAGGCUCACGUGGAAGAGAGGAAGGAUCAUGGGUCAGGCAUUAAGUUCCCAUGAAAUAAAAAUCAUUGAAACGGGAGAGACAGCCCUUAAGGAGGCUUCCCGUCCCCCCUCGGUCUGUUCAGUUUCCAUUGACAUUCCUGACAAGCCUAAACAAGAAACUUCUCCCUUGGAUACUGAUCCCCCUAAAAACCCCCCACCCACCUCUAACAUUUAUCCCGCCCUUACCUCCUUCUCCACAAGACACUGCAAUGACGAGUUACCCCCCGAAGAUCAGGCUACCCUAGAGGAAGAAGCCGCCCGAUAUCAUAACCCCGACUGGCCUCUCCUCGCCUCCGCCCCCCUUUUUCAGCCCCCUCCCUAUAUCAAACCCCUUCCCUCCUGUUUUAAACCCCUUCCCUCCAGAGACCCCUUCCUGGCCCCAAUUUUAGAACCAUUCCACACCCCUCCAGCUUGCUCGGAUCACAUCCGUCAAGCUAAAGUUACCGUAACUCAAGAGGUCUCAUCCUUAAAAGAAAUUCUCCGACUGCAGAGUGAGCAUGUUCAACUCAUUAAAGAAAUCCAAGCCCUUGAGGCUGAACUCACCACUUUAACUCCUGCCCCUACAAAAACUACGGAAAAAAAGCCCCCUAAACCCUCUAAGCCCAAGCCUACUAUCCAUGCCUUCUUUGUCACCCGCAGCCAGAACCCCAUAUCCCCCUCAGAAGAGCAAGAGGAAGAAGAGAAAGACCCUCCCGAUUCCCAGAACCAAGAUCAAAACUCAGCCGAUGAGGCUUCAGACACAGAUGACCCUGUCCCAGAUCAGCCCCAGGCUAAAGGCCAAAAAUACCCCCGCUUAAACCUUAAACAUUUAAAAGAUUUAAAAGCAGCUGUUAACAGCUAUGGUCCCACGGCUCCCUUCACCUUGACCUUACUUGAAAGCUUAAGCGAUCGGUGGCUAACUCCCAAUGACUGGCUUUCCUUAGCUCGAGCCACGUUAUCCGGGGGUGAAUAUGUCCUCUGGCGUACAGAUUUUGUAGAAAACUGCCGAGAAACGGCACAGCGCAAUAGCGAAAGUAAAGUCUCCCGCUCGUGGACUCGAGACAAGCUGCUCAGUCGGAGUCCUUAUGACACCAAUGAGGCUCAGGCAGCCUUUCCCCCUGGUUUAUUAGCUCAGAUACAAAAUGCCGGCCUUAAGGCUUGGUGGCGCCUUCCCCGCAAGGGUUCGGCCACCACCUCUUUGGCCAAGAUUCGCCAAGGACCCGAUGAACCCUAUAGUGAUUUUGUCAGCCGCCUAACUGAUGCCGCUGAGCGAUUAGUCGGGGAGGGAGAAACAGAAAACACCUUUAUUAAACACCUCGCUUAUGAAAAUGCCAACCCAUCUUGCCAGGAAACUAUUAGACCUCACCGCUGCGGUAGCCUCUCUGAUUCUAUCAAACUCUGCUCAGGAAUAGGAACCUCCCAUGCCAUCGGACUGGCCAUAGGGGCCGCCCUUAAAGAUUUUACUAAGGACAAAAAAUACACAGGAAAAAACAUGCUUCAAUUGCAAACAACCUGGACAUUUUGUUCGUGACUGUCCAACAGGGAAACAGUCCCGACCGCCCCCUUCAUCAGUCUGUCCUAAAUGCAGACGUGGCAAACAUUGGGCAAAUAAAUGUCGCUCAAAAACAGACAUUGAAGGUAAGCCCAUUCCUCAGAAACGGGGAAACUUCCAGAAUGGCCAGCACCUGGCCCCACCCCAGGAACAGAACCAAGGGGCGAUCAGGUUCAUUCCCCAGACUCAAAAUCAAGAAACAUCAGGUGUUACUCUCUUACCACUCCCCCAUUUAGGUGUCAACCCAAGAGGCCUGCUCCCUAAUGAAAUCUGGCAAAUGGAUGUCACUCAUAUCCCUGAAUUUGGCAAACUUAAAUAUGUUCAUGUAACAAUAGACACCUACAGUGGAUUCAUUUUUGCCACCCUUCACAGUGGUGAAGCUUCCAAGGACAUUAUAGCCCAUGUCCUCCAGUGCCUCACCGUUAUGGGAAAACCCCAAAAGAUAAAAACAGAUAUCGGGCCUGGCUAUACCUCACAAGCCUUCCAAACCUUCUGCCACCAAUUUCAAAUUAAACACAUCACAGGUAUUCCUUACAACCCCCAGGGGCAAGGAAUAGUAGAACGAACUCAUCAGACCCUAAAAAAUACCAUAAAUAAACUUAAAACAAAUGACAUUUAUUCCACAAAAGGCUCCCCCCGUAAUAUCUUAAAUCAUGCCUUAUUCACCCUUAAUUUUUUACUAUUAGAUAAUAAAGAAAACUCAGCUGCAGACCGCUUAUGGCACCAAGAAACAAAAAACCAAUAUGCAGCCGGGACCGGUUUGGCUCAGUGGAUAGAGCAUCGGCCUGUGGACUGAAAGGUCCCGGGUUCGAUUCCAG